CGUGUACCUAAGAAUUACAAUCAAAACCAACUUCUUCUUAAACUCUCUUUCUAGCCAGAGAUUACUUGAAUGUCUUUGUGUUUAACUCUUUGUAAGAGAAACUUCUGCUGUCUUGGUAAGUAAAACACUAAACAAACAGCCAAAAGGAGCAGCCUGCACUUAUAGAGUACUCUGUUUUGUUCUGUUCUGUUUACAGAGCAUUUGUAUUAGCUGAGGAAACCGACUUGGUUUUGUUCAUCUCUGUGUUUUGGUAAAAGGGUUGUGUGUGUGAGAUUUUUGGUGGCCUUUGUGAUCCUGUGGCUGAGACUGAGUCUCUCCUUAAGUUGACCCCACCUAGGAAUUCCAUUGACAAGAGCAAUAAAUACUGAGUUCUUUGUCAGUUUUCUCUUUGGUGUAGAUUCUUUCUGAGGUGUGCCUGAGCUGUUCUAUCCUCAUUUGGCUAUCUGAGUUUUAUUCUUUUUUUUUUUUUUGGGGAUUAUUUUGGUGGGUCCAAUUCUUACUUGGAUUGAGCAUGGAUUGUAAGUGAAGAUCAAAGUUGAGAUUUUGGGUCUCAGUCAUUUCCUGCUAUUGCUGAUUGGUUUGGUUUGAGGAUUUUGGGUCUGUUCUGGUUUGAGAAUACCUGGAAAGAGCAGCAGAAUCAUUUGAACUAAGUUUCAAUGGAUUCAAGAGUGGAGAUUGAUGAAGAUACUGAAAACGACAAAGGUAGUAUGUGGGUGUUGGAUCAAAAGCUUGAUCAGCCUAUGGAUGAAGAGGCAGGAAGGCUUAAAAAUAUGUACAGAGAAAAGAAAUUCUCUGCACUAUUGCUUCUGCGGCUUGCAUUCCAGAGUCUUGGAGUGGUUUAUGGAGACUUGGGCACUUCUCCGUUGUAUGUUUUCUACAAUACUUUUCCAAGCGGAGUAGUUGAUGAUCCUGAAGAUGUGGUUGGAGCCCUUUCCUUAAUUAUAUACUCACUUACUCUUAUUCCACUCCUCAAGUAUGUUUUCGUUGUGUGUAGAGCAAAUGACAAUGGUCAAGGUGGAACAUUUGCUCUUUAUUCAUUGCUUUGUCGACAUGCAAAAAUAAACACUAUACCUAACCAACACCGAACUGAUGAGGAGCUAACAACAUAUGUUCGUUCUACUUUCCAUGAACGAUCAUUUGCUGCAAAAACUAAGAGGUGGUUGGAGAGAUAUGCAUUGAGGAAGAAUGCACUUCUUAUUCUUGUCCUUGUUGGCACUUGCAUGGUGAUUGGGGAUGGGAUUCUAACUCCCGCUAUUUCAGUUCUAUCAGCUGUUGGCGGAAUCCAGGUAGAACACCCCCAACUGAGCAAUGAAGUGGUUGUGAUCAUUGCUGUUAUAAUAUUAGUAGGAUUGUUUAGCAUGCAACACUAUGGUACAGAUAGAGUUGGUUGGCUCUUUGCACCUAUUGUUCUGCUUUGGUUUCUCUUAAUUGGAGGUAUCGGCAUAUACAACAUACGGAAAUAUGAAAGUAGUGUUUUGAAAGCUUUUUCACCUGUGCAUAUCUUCCGGUAUUUUAAAAGGAGAGGAAAAGAUGGUUGGACCUCCCUUGGAGGUAUUUUGCUUAGUAUAACAGGUACAGAGGCACUUUUUGCAGACUUAUCCCAUUUUCCCGUUUCUGCCAUCCAAGUUGCUUUCACCGUAGUUGUCUUUCCUUGCCUUCUUUUAGCCUAUGCGGGACAAGCUGCCUUCAUUAUGAAUAAUAAAACAAAUGUUGUUGAUGCCUUUUAUCGUUCUAUUCCAGAAAGCAUAUAUUGGCCAGUAUUUCUUGUUGCAACUGCAGCAGCUAUAGUUGCGAGUCAGGCAACUAUAUCCGCAACAUUUUCAAUAAUUAAGCAGGCUCUUGCACUUGGCUGUUUUCCAAGAGUCAAGGUUGUACAUACAUCGAAAAAGUUCCUUGGCCAGAUAUAUGUUCCAGAUAUUAAUUGGAUCCUUAUGAUUCUUUGCAUUGCUGUGACUGCUGGCUUCAAAAAUCAAAGCCAAAUUGGAAAUGCUUAUGGAACAGCAGUUGUAAUAGUUAUGUUGGUAACCACAUUCCUCAUGAUUCUAAUCAUGUUACUGGUGUGGCGCUGCCACUGGAUCCUUGUCCUGAUCUUCACUGCCUUAUCGCUGCUUGUUGAGUGCACUUACCUUUUCGCUGUACUCUUUAAGGUUGAUCAAGGUGGGUGGGUUCCCCUUGUAAUUGCAGCAGCCUUUCUUCUCGUCAUGUAUGUUUGGCAUUAUGGUACUGUGAAACGAUAUGAGUUUGAGAUGCAUAGUAAGGUUUCAAUGGCAUGGGUUCUUGGGCUUGGCCCCAGUUUAGGACUCGUUCGUGUUCCUGGAAUUGGACUUGUUUACACUGAGCUAGCGAGUGGUGUUCCUCACAUCUUUUCCCACUUCAUUACAAACCUGCCUGCCAUCCACUCUGUUGUCAUCUUUGUCUGUGUGAAGUACCUUCCUGUCUACACAGUCCCGGAAGAUGAGAGAUUUCUUGUAAAGCGGAUUGGACCCAAGAAUUUUCACAUGUUCCGUUGUGUAGCAAGAUACGGCUAUAAAGACCUCCAUAAGAAAGACGAUGAUUUUGAGAAGAAGCUCUUUGAUAGCCUCUUCUUGUUUGUCCGGCUUGAGUCCAUGAUGGAAGGGUGUUCAGACUCUGAUGAGUAUAGUCUUUAUGGUCAAUUAACCCAGCAGUCAAGAGAUGGCUUGUUAGAUAACAAUGGCAACUCUAUCUCUUCCAACUUGGACCCUACUAUAUCGUCCGUGGACUCAAUUGUUCCGGUUAAAUCACCAUUAAAUGUAAACAAUACUGUAAGUUCAUCCGGUCAGGGAAGUGCACAGACCGAGAUUGACGAGUUAGAAUUUUUGAAUAGCUGUAGAGAUGCUGGGGUGGUUCACAUACUGGGGAAUACAGUGGUGAGAGCAAGGAGGGACUCAAAGUUCUACAGGAAGAUAGCCAUUAAUUAUAUAUAUGCAUUCCUUAGGAAAAUAUGCAGGGAGAACAGUGUCAUUUUCAAUGUACCUCAUGAGAGUCUUUUGAACGUUGGGCAGGUUUUCUUUGUAUAAUGCCUUGGUGCGGAUAUAUACAGUAAAUAAUAUUCAUUCUUAAUCAGUGAAACUGUAAAUCCCAGGGUUGAUUUUGCUA